AUGCCUCGAGCUCAAGAAGAGCGCCCGCAGAGGCUGGUCAAGCGGUACCGGACCGAAAUCGCUGCAAGCACGUCGAGCAUGUUCUCGACCGUCGUCGCCUUCCCCCUCGAUAGCGUGAAAACGCGAAUGCAAACCUACAGAUAUGAAGGAUUUCUAGAUUGCGUGAGGCACACUUAUCGCACUGAGAAGCUGAAAGGCUUCUUUCGGGGCGUCCUGGCCCCGAUGGCCAGCGUUACUCUUGUGCGAACCAUUUCCUUCUCGAUUUACCAGCGCGCCAAAUACACGUACUCUGGCUGGAUCAAGCAAGCCUGCGGGUUUGACGUUCUGCAGCACGUCAACAAACAGGGCACCUAUCCAAACCUCUAUUCCAUAGCCUGCUUUGGGGCUGCCGGUGCCUCUGCCGGCUCCUGCAUCACGCUUCUUGCUUGCCCUUUCGAAUUGACGAAACUCAGCGCCCAGGUAUCGGUCUUAUUGUCUGACCAGAAGAAGCUCGCCGAGGCCAAUUGUCGGGCUACCAAUGGCCACCAGGUUGCGGCCAGCUACCAGAACAAGGGCACAUUCAAGACCAUGUCCAACAUCAUUCGCCACCGGGGUGCUUUGGGGCUCUACACUGGCUUCAACUUGCACUUGUUGCGAGAUACGUUGGGGACGGCCAUAUACUUCAUGGUCUACGAGAGCGGCAAACAGCUCGGGACUACGUUUGGCGGCGACCACCCCACCACUAAUAAACUAGCAGUCGUGGUCUCGGGUGGGCUUUGCGGGAUAGUGUCCUGGGCAAUGAUCUAUCCCAUUGACUCGGCAAAGAGCAUCUACCAACGAAACUCUCUCUUGUACUCCAAAGGCCAGCAAGUUGAGCCGCCACCGAAGAUUGAAUUCUUCAAAAAACACAUGUAUCGCGGUCUUGGAGUGUCCAUGGGACGCUCGUGCGCUGUGAACGCUAUUUUCUUCUCUGCCUUCGAAUUCAUGAAGAAGCACGUCAAUUCACUCGAUGAUAACUAA